AUGAAAAUGGAAUCCCCCAAUCUUCAUCUUGGAGGCCGCACUCAGCAAAGGCUUAUUGGACCCCUUCCUUACGCCCGCAGCACAAGGCCUGCCGGAGGGCUGCAUCUUCCGAAGGAGACGUUUGAAGGAGGGGACCACCCUGAAAGGGCCACCAAGGGCCUCGUCGAUAAAGAAGGAAAAAUGGAGGUUCUUCGAAGCGACCCUCGCUGCAACACGUGGGUUACCCUGAAGCCAGAUGGCUCGCUGGUUGUCGGUAGUGGAUACGAUGGUUGUUUUGUAAAUCACAGGGGUGCGGACUAUGUUGUGACUAUCGGAAUUCCUAGGAAAAUUAAUGGAAAGAAAAAUACUUUGCAACGAGAGAUCAGGUGCUCGGAUGGUGCAGUCAAUGAUUCUCCCAGCCCUGACCAAUGUGCUGCUAUCCCAAGAGCUGACAGACUCCUUUGUUCGACUUCCCAAAGCCUGUGUCCGAGUCUCGGAUGCUGCUAUGAUCCCAGUGACCGGUCUACUCCGUGCUACUUCGGCAGUGCAGUAACCGCGUUCUGCACGCAAGACGGACAGUUCUCGAUUGCGGUAUCAAAGGGCGUAACUGUGCCUUCCCUCCUCGUGAGUUCUAUUCGUCUGGCUAAAACAACCGGGCCGGAGUGCGAUUCCGUAAAUCAGAAUAACGUAUUCCGGGUUUUCAGCUUCCCGAUCUCAAGCUGUGGAACAAAUUUCCAGGUACUUGGAGACAAAGCAGUGUAUGAGAAUCAGGUGAUUGCGGAAGAAGAUGUGAGGUCGUUUAAAGGAGCUUCCAUCACCAGGGAUAGCACGAUGAGGAUACUUGUGCGCUGUUACUUCACCGUUAGUGGCUUCCUCCCACUGAAGGCUGAGGUGGCCACGCUUCCACCCCCACCACCAGCUUCCAGCCAAGGUCCACUUAUGUUGGAAAUGAGAAUCUCUUUGGACUCUACGUAUAGACAAUAUUACACGGCCAGUGAUUAUCCGAUUGUGAAAGUGUUGCGGGAUCCGGUGUUCAUAGAGGUCCGGAUUUUGCACAUAAUUGACCCAGAUGUAGUCCUCUUGCUACACCAAUGCUGGGCCACCCCAACUUCUGACCCCUUACACGAAGUACAGUGGCCAAUACUUGUUGAUGGAUGUCCUUUCACCGGUGACAACUACCGAUCGGAACUGCUGCCUGUCACUGGAAGUCCCGAGAGAAGAUACACCUCUCAUUAUUCACAUUUCAACCUAAAAAUGUUCACUUUUGUUGAUGUCAUCACUCAGAAUGUACUGGGAAACCAGGUGUAUGUACACUGCAGCGGCUCUGUGUGUGUCCCCAGUCCGCCUGAGACCUGCACUACAACGUGUUCUGGAAGAAGUAAAAGAUCAUUUGACUUGGAUGGAUCCGGCACAGAGCUGGUAACGUCGGAAGGCCCCAUAUUCUUUCACGACGUACAGGGAACUGGCAGCCAUAACCAGCAAGGUGUUGCAGCUGAAGAUCAGUCAGAAGAAUGGCUGCAGAACGCCACGCUCGCUGUUGGAGGCGUUAUCAUUAUGCUUCUGGUGCUGGCUUUGGGCAUGAGAUACAGGCUACGAAAGACGAGCGUUCUUAUAGGGCUACCCAGAAUUCCUGGCCUGUUUCCGUCCAUCUGGAUUUGGGUACAGGCUAAGAUCCAGGCCAGAUCCAGCUCGUCGUGGAAGCAAUGA